AUGGCGACUAAGGAGGAAACAGUGGAAACAGAAAUAAAAAAAGAAGUGAAAGUCAUCAAAAAGCAAGAAAAAGCAGAAAGUGUUACAGAAGAACAAAAUGGAGAUACAGACAUUGAGGCUGCUGUAACUGUAAAGUUACCUGGGAAGAAAUCAGCUGCAAAAACAGAAACAAAAGUUGAUGUGGUUAAAAAGGUUUUGCCGGAUGGGUCCGUCGAGGAGGUUAAAACUACGACGACCAAGACUACUAUUGAGGGGAAAACCGAAAUAACAACAAAAACUGAAACAACCAUUAUUCCUAAGGAAGAUGACUUUGAGGAAGAGGAAGUUGUAGAAGAAGAAGAAGAAGAGGAACAGGAAAAUUAUGAUAAUAGAGAAGAUAGCAAAAAGGCAGUUCUAUUAAGUAAAAACCAAGAAGACGUACACGAUAAAGAAGGAUUAGCAGAAGAAAAGCAAUUAGAAGCUGAAUCUGAUAUAAGUGUUACAAAACAACAGGAGAGUUCCGAAACAUGUGUAACAAAAAAAGUAACAAUUGUUCAGUCAUCAAGAAGCCAAGACAAUUCUGAGGAAGAGAUUGAAGAAGAAGAAGAACAAGAAGAUGAAAAAGAAGAAGACCGAAAAGACGAUGAAAAAGAGAUUCAAAUAAAAAACAAAGAAGAUGAAAUUGAAUCCAAUAAGGUUCUCGCCAAAGGAGAAGCGGAGUCAGACGAUGAAGACUUUUGUGAUGAAACAGGUGAUAAAAACGAAUCAAAUCGUAAAAAACAAGAAGAAAAUGAAAGUUUAAAAGAUGAUGAACAAGACAAUGACGUUGAAUCUGAAGCAGAAGAGGAGGGCAAGCCAGCUCAUGCGAGCGAAAGUGAAGAAAAAGAUGAUGAAAAACAAGAAGAUAAUAAUAGUGAACAAAAAUUACUACAGAGUGAUGAAAAAGAAGAUGAAGGGAAAAUUAAGGAUAUAAGUCAAAAUGAAGAUCAUGACAGAAAAGAAGAAGUUGCAAGUAAAGAGAGGGAACCGGAAGAAAGCAACGAUAAAACUCUAGAGACCUCGACAGGAUAUCCUCAAGAAAAUAAACAAGAAAUUGUGAUUGAAGUACAGUUACCAGGACGCAAAACGUACUACAGUGAAUAUGAGAGACGUUACAUAUCUGUUCCAGAAUCUACUUAUAUUCCUACUGAGAAUAAGUUCCAGGCGCAACCAGAUCCCUCACCUCAAUAUUAUUACGAUAGUAACGAACCCUCAGAGGCAGUGGAACAUGAAUGGCGAAAAGAAUUAAGGGAGUUUUCUGAGAAAACCCAAACUCAAAUGCCGUCUGAAUAUCCUCCGGUUUCGAGUCACACAUUAGACCCACCCAUUGGUAGUAAGGCGUAUCACAACCCUAACGUACCUGCUUACCAUUCUCGAGCUUCUGCUGAACCUAGAGAGCAAUCGGCAGCUAUUCCACAAGCACGACAAUGGGGUGAAGCACGCACGACCCCUAUACAAUCAAGAUCUUUCAAGUAUCUUCAGUGGAUCACCGGGACCGAAGAU